AUGGGAGAAAAUGCUAAAGCAAAUGUGUUAGUCUUCUCAUUCCCGAUACAAGGACAUAUAAACCCUCUUCUCCAAUUCUCAAAACGUUUAAUCUCCAAAAACGUUACGGUCACAUUCCUCACCACUUCCUCCACCCACAACUCCAUCCUCCGCCGUGCUAUCUCUGGCGGAGCCACCGCUCUUCCGCUCUCUUUCGUCCCCAUAGACGAUGGCUUCGAGGAAGGCCACCCAUCUACCGACACAUCUCCCGACUACUUCUCAAAGUUCCAAGAAAACGUCUCUAGAAGCCUAUCUGAACUUAUCUCCUCGAUGGACCCCAAACCAAACGCCGUCGUUUACGACUCUUGUCUGCCUUAUGUUCUCGAUGUUUGCCGGAAACAUCCCGGGGUCGCUGCGGCGUCGUUUUUCACUCAAAAUUCCACCGUGAACGCCAUCUAUGUUCAUUUCUUGCGUGGGGAGUUCAAGGAGUUUCAAAACGAUGUAGUUUUGCCUGCGAUGCCUCCGUUGAAGGGUAAUGACUUGCCGGUGUUUCUGUACGAUAACAAUCUCUGCCGGCCGUUGUUUGAGCUCAUUAGUAGCCAGUUCAUCAAUGUUGACGACAUCGACUUCUUCUUGGUUAACUCUUUCGACGAACUCGAAGUCGAGGUAAUUCUUAACUUUUCUCUCAUGCUUAUUAUAGUAUGCAUGAAUUCCAAAUGA